ACGUGGGUAGAAACUGCAGGCUGCAGGUUAAAAAAAAGCAGGAUAUUACAGCAAGAAUACAACACAGUUAUAGCGUCUGUGUUCGAGGUACGAUGAAAACAUCACUUUUACAAGACAGUAUGUCAUUAUUUUUGCAACUUUAUUUGCGGGGUAUUUAACAUACCGGACUUCCUGCACACAUCUCGAGGCCACUUUGAUGCGGUAAAUGCUGCGUUUGCUUUUGGCUGAUCUGCGUCACAGCAUAGUUUUCACGGAAGAUGCGUUUAUUUAUUUAUUUAAAUUUUUUUAAAGUUUAGAUACAUUUUUGGAAAUGAUAAAUAGGUCUGUCCUGUGAGACUGAAGUCCUAACGUUCAAAAAGGAGGACAACACGGGCAGAAUGGGAUGAAUAUGAUGUGGCCAACCCCCCAACCCUGGUCAAGGAGAUACCUAUGGAGCCAGACGACUCUCAGACGAGACCUCCUGACCUGUGUCUCUCCCCCUCAGUCCGCCUCAGUCCAGGGAAUCAGGUUUCUGGAGAAAAAAAAAACAACAAGAAACUGAAACCUGCCUCAAAGCCAUAUCUCACCAUGAUGGAUGAGCUGGUGCAGGACCUGGUGUCUGCUCUGGAGCAGACCUCAGAGCAGAGUAAACUGGGGGAGCUGUGGGAGGAAAUGGUCUUCAAUCCUCUGCAGCAGCGAAGGCAGAUCCGCCGCCGCAGAGGCCGCAAGCGCUGCCGCGAAUCCUCCCUCUUCCCACUGGAGCACCGUCGAUGCUGGAUUGAGGCCUCUGAGUCCAGCUUGGACGAGACUAAAGGAUACAGAGAGAACUCUUCCUCAACCAUCGCUGCCUCUGUGGCCAACUGCAGUGACUCCGACGACAUGAACCCAACCAUUCGAUGGCGCUCCGUCAUGACAGGCCCGGUCAGGACUAGGCAGCCCUCCUGGCCAGAGUCUGACUCCUUCACCGAGAAUAAUCCUGGACGGCCGCUCAGGAGGCGGAGGAAGGUCAAACGCAUGUCCUCCAACGUCACUGUUAGGCUGCAGCAGAAGCUGAAGGUUUCUGGUGUAGACAGGAGACGGAGACACAGGCCAACUAGGAUGCAGCAUCUGUCAGGAUCGAAGAAGAGGUCUGGUGGUUGGGUGGCAGCAGAGCGACAGACUGAAGGAGCCAGGCUGAUGGGAAAGGAGUGCUGGAAGAGAAAGAUGGCCAAGGAACGCAGAGAUGCUGCGGAUGAGCACAUGUCUGAGGGGGAAACCAGCAGCACAUGCAGCAGUGACCCUGGCCUGUUCACCAACGAUGAGGGGAGACAAGGCGAUGACGAGCAGAGUGACUGGUUCUUCGAGGGCGACUGUGGAGUCGGGACGGGCGUGGCCGGCCUGUUGCCCGGCUGGGACUCGGACAACCAGCUUUCCCUCGAGGAUAACGGUCCGUCGCCCACCUUCCUGCAACCUGCACGGCCCUCUCAGAGAGGGUAUCGGUAUGAUUCACGUCUGAAACGAGUGCCUGGCUCUGCAGCCUGCUGCAUCAGGAAGGACAGGAGGCGGCUUCCCAGCAAGGCAAACAGCAUGCCAGUGUAUGUAGAGCGACUCAGACACUUUUCCCAAGAUCCUUACCAGAGAGACUUUUGGCUGCCUUCUGUUGGAAAACGAGACAGAAGCCAGUUGAACCCUUUGUGCCCAUUACCAGUGUGUCCUAUUGACAUGGUGUCAGAGAGCUCCCAUCUCAGAUGUUCCUCCUCAAUCUGCACGAACAGGCAGACUAACGUUACUCCAGGACUGUUGUGCAGAGGAGACUCCAGGCGGAGGAGGGAAACUGAAGCAGUGUCCAUCACAUCAGCCAGCAAUACAUUUCACAAGGAUCACCAGAGAGAGGGGGCACACGGAACCAGUAACACCUCGACCCUGGAGGCUGUAGGACCAACUGCAUCAGGUUCAUGCUCUUCUAUUUCUGCCCAGCCUGAGAGUUUAUCUUUCCUCCAGGCGGGACCAUGAGGACACCUAAACAGGGCUGGACAAGAGUGUGCCAAAAGAAAAAAGCAAUUGUGCUGGAGAAUGAAAAGGCUCAAACUCCUCCUAAUGCACAAGGAAAAACCUACAAAGCACAUCAUUAUUCCUCAAAUCAGCAUGUUACUGCUAGAAUCCAGUCUUUCCAGGUAGUAUAUUAAGCAUGACAAAUGUUAAUGCAAUCAAGCCUUGUUAAGCCUUCUCCUCAAGAAAGAAAGCAGCUUCAAGAGGCUCCUCGUUUCGACUCGAGACCCGGCGGCUCCUCCUGUUUCCACACACAGUCUCCAGGCCACCUGCUUCCACACAAUCCGGCAAUUAUGUCCACUCUAGUAGCGCAGCGUUUGUCAGCUGGAACACUGGGAGGCUUGGUCAGGUGAGGCUAGGGGCGCGGGGAAGGGACAGUCUGCUCCACUCUAUGGCUGUGCAGGAGCCGCACGUAGCUAUCUCUGCGACGGGAGAGCAUCAGAAUGUUUAGCUACCACAUGCUGCUGCAGGGUUCAGAGAGGCGACCACCGGUAGAGAGCCACACAAAGUACAGGCCUCCUAUUAGCAUGGAUUUGAAAAGCUACAGUUUGUACAAAGGUGCUCAUUAGCACAACACAGAGGGAGUGUAGUUGCGGUCCUCGGAGGGCCGCCUCUGUUCUCUUCAGCUUACCUUCCAUAUUCAAAUGUCCCCCACCCCCUCCCCAAAUGUGUUUAAGUUCAAGGCCAGCUGCAGAUCUGUUUGAACAGGCUGUUUUUUUUUUUUCAGCAGUGGUGGAUUAGUCGCUUUUUUUCGGAGUCAUGCAGCAGAAGGGAGUCGGAGAAGCCGUUGGAGGCGAGAGAAGAGAGUCGCACAGUAUCUUUUCACCUACCCUUGGGGUAUACAUUUCCCAGGCUCCCUCGGCAUCAGAUGCAUUAAAAGAUCAAUGGCGGCAUACAGUGAGAUCAAACGCAACAGUGCACAGCAAGCUGGUAAACAAGCAUUAUUUUCAGGAAAAUGCAUUUUCAUAUACUGUAGGAAUCAAGUGAAAAACUUUCCACUUGACCUGAACCAUACAGGUGGAGCUGAGAUAUAUUGAUAAUCCCUUUAAUAGCUUUCGAUUAAAUAUUGAAAAAUUGGAUAAAAUGAUCAACAGGAUGUGAAUAGAUUGCAGUCUGUACAUUAUGAUGUCUAAGUAUUGGAUUUAAGUAUUACAUUUAAGUUGUAUGAGCUGAAAAGUGUAAACACACUUUGGUCCAAGAGCUUCAAGUCCAAACUGCUAACUGCGCAACUAACUGGGCUAACUAGCUGAUGAUGACAGAUCAAUCCACAAUGGAAAUAAUCAUUAAUUUCAGGCCUGCAUGUAAGUGACGAGAUGAGUAAUUAAAAAAAAAAAAAAAAAAAAUCACAAUUUAUAGUAACUGCAGUUUUAACAUCGCCUUUUCUCUGAGCAACACUGAAGUUAGAAAUGUUGUCACAAGAAAAAAAAAAAAGUGUUGUGAAAAGGUAUUGUAAGGUGAAAUGAGUGAAACAGCUGAGUGAAUUUGGCUGUGUGCAAAAGUUGAAUGUCUUUGAAAAAAACAGGCAUAUCUCAAAUCUUCCUAUCGCUAAAUGGCGCAGGUAUGCACUUUCCAUAAUGAUUGCAAUAUACAUUUUUUGUGAAAAUGAACUGAAUAUCAUCAGCUCCUUACUGCAUGUCUUCUCAGACACUUAAAGGCCUUAUUUAAGAGAAGAAUCGCAUUUAGUAGAAUGAGAUUUGCCAAUUAACGUGAGUUAUAUGUCUGCAAUAAUCCGUCUGAGAAGGCUUUAUGUGAUCAUGUUGGCCAGGGAUGACAUUUAUAAAUGCAGUGUGUGCACACUCGUCUAAAUGGAUGCCUCACACAAGACAUCCUGCCACAGGAAUCAGUCAAAGUGUUGAGACAGAGCGCCCCCAGCCCGCCACACCCCUCCUCGCCAGCUACAUCCGUUACUGCAGCUUGGCCGGGGGAGUCCAGCAGCGUCUCGGGCUCUUCCCACAUGCCUGAUUGAUAGGAACAGCACAUUAGUUGUAGUAGUAGUAAUUAGAAGAAAAAGAAGCUGUUGAUAAAUACAUCGAUGGCUUCUUCAAGACGUAUGCCCCUGAACACGCUGACAAAUAUCGACCGUGUAGUGUUUUAAGGAGAGCUUCUUGCUGUUGCCUUAUCCGUCAGUUUGUGUUUUGAUGCCAAGGCACUGACAAGGAGGCACGAUGCAUCAGUUCAGACACAGUUCCAUUAGUAGCAGGAGGGGAAACCCCUCGCCUGCCUCGCUGGUAAUUAGCAGUCACCAUAAUGACACCUCAGCCAGACUGUAUGCCCCAAAAUGAUUUUCCGAUGGCCAGGAAGUGGAGCAAUGGCUUCCGUGCAGCCAGUCAAUUGCCCUGUUACAGUUAAGGAAUCCAGCAGGCUGGUACCACUCAUAUUUCAUCCCAGGUAAAGAUUACCUGUCAGGCCCAUGGGAGAUGUAUUGAUCUGUUUUCCUUUUUCCGCCAGCAAUCACCUGACAAAGGCACCUAGGAGGCGAGUGAAUGAGUGAUGCCUGGUCUGUCUGCUCCAGCGUAGUGGCUUCUAGUGUCCACUGAUGGGUGGAGAGGUGAUGAGGAUGAGGAAGAGAUAAUGCAGUCAUAAACUCUGUUUGAACCUCCUCCGUAUGCAUGCAGGGCAGCCCCCUCGGCCCCCCAGGUCACAGGUCAGUGGGGAAUUUGCUUCCUUUUUUUUUUUUUUUUGUCAGUGGCGUUUGUUCUCGCGGCGUAGUGUGUAGUGAAGACAGAAACACAUGCAAAAGUGGUCUCUCUGGUUCCUGCUGACAAAUGCAUGUUGCGAGUCACCGUAGUUCAACUCACUUUGGGUUUCAAAAGUGAUCCGGUUUGAUCUUGGCACCCUUCUCUCAAUGAAAUCCAACCUUGUGUGGUCAGGGUUUCCUGUGGCUGUCAGUGUGGCUGCUGCACUCGCUAUGAUCAAUAUAUUUUACAUUAUCUCAUGUUUUUGUGGCAGCUAAAAGUAUUUAUAUAUUUGCCUUGUUCAAUGGAAUGUCAGACUUGAUAUUAUCCACAAAGCCAUGCAUUUAAAGUGAUUGCACUGUAUAAACUGUGUAGUAUUUAUGAUGUGAUGCAUAAUUAUAGGUCCAUUAACCGAGGAUUUAGGUUCUGAGGACAUUAAAUACAUAAAUUCAAUUUCAUGAUAGAUAGUAGAGUAGAUAUGUCUCUCUAAUUUUUUACUGUCGUAUUUUUUAAUUUCAUUUACAAGGAUUUAAGUAUAUCUCCCUGAUAUCAGGGCUCUUAGGCAGCUAGCCACAUUUGAUACGUAGUACAAAUAGCAUCUUAUCUCACAGGCUGUUAUCUUUAUAUUUAAUAGCAGUGGAGGCAUGCCUAAUUGCUUUGCAAAUGAUCUAAAGAGGAUUACUCCUCACUUAAAAAGCCUGCACGGUGUUACUAGAUGUUAAGAGAGACAUUACAAUGGUAGAAUUCAAUCGAAACCUGCAGUGCAGCGUUUAUGCAGUAGCUCUGUUUUUCUACUAUCAUCGCCUGAUGUCAAAACAACUGUCAACCGUCAGUAUGAGGCAGAUCCUCUGCUUCUGAAUAAACUCUGUAUGAACAUGUUUAUGUGCUAUCGUGAAUAAGAAGCUUUUUUAAGAAGUCCUGUAGAAGUGGCCAUUUGUGUAUUUUCAAUGAUAUAAAAGGAUUUCUUUUUUUUUUUCUUUUUUUUAAAGAUGACGUAAUGUCUUGCUUUGAUGUAGGUCAAGUUGUAAUCAUUCCUCCAUGUCAUGAGUAUUUAUGGGAAAAAAACUGCAGUAUGUAUUUAUUUCAAAUACUGAAUUUGUGUGCAAUAAAUGGGUUGUCAUGACUGAUA